UCUUUUUCCAGCAAGAGGCCAAUGUCAAUAUCAUUAUUGUCCUCCUGGAUGCUCUUCGCGGUGUUCUUGCACACUGCACAAGCCACCAGACUGCUGGAUUCUUCCAACUGGGACCCCAAGAUUCUGCUACCUUCCCAGCUGGAUGAUGAAUCCGCUCCUGUUGAUGACCAAGAAGAAGAAGAAGCAGCUGGCACCCGAUGGGCGGUUCUUGUAGCUGGUUCAUCUGGCUUUGGCAAUUACAGGCACCAGGCGGAUGUGUGCCAUGCAUACCAGCUGCUUAAAAAGGAUGGCCUGAAAGAAGAGAACAUAGUGGUGUUUAUGCACGAUGACAUUGCUACUGACCCCUUGAAUCCUAGACCUGGUGUCAUCAUUAACCAUCCAGAGGGACCUAAUGUCUAUGACGGAGUCCCCAAGGAUUACACCGGUGGGAACGUGACAACAGAGAACCUGUUUGCUGUACUUCUUGGGGACAAGACUAAACUCAAGGGUGGAAGUGGCAAAGUAAUUGAUAGCAAACCCAAUGACAGGAUAUUCUUCUUCUACUCUGAUCAUGGAGGCCCGGGAGUCCUUGGGAUGCCAAACUUGCCAUACCUGUAUGGGAAGGAUUUUGUUGACGUGUUGAAGAAGAAGCAUGCUGCUAAGGGUUACAAGGAGAUGGUUAUAUAUAUAGAAGCUUGCGAAAGUGGGAGCUUCGUUGAGGGUAUUAUGCCAACUGAUUUGAACGUUUAUGUGACAACUGCAUCCAAUGCAGAAGAGAGUAGUUGGGGAACUUAUUGCCCUGGGAUGGAUCCUGCUCCACCCCCAGAGUACAUCACUUGUCUUGGUGAUUUGUACAGCGUGUCUUGGAUGGAAGACAGCCAGACUCACAAUCUUAAAAAAGAAACCGUGCAGCAACAAUAUCAAUCGGUGAAGGAACGGACUUCUAAUUAUAACAACUAUGCGAUUGGUUCUCAUGUGAUGGAGUAUGGUGAUACCAAAAUCAAAGCUGAUAAGCUCUCUCUCUUUCAAGGCUUCGAUCCUGCAUCCAUCAACUUCCCUCCAAACAACAGCAUCCUACCACCACAGACCCCUGUUGAAGUUGUUAACCAGAGAGAUGCAGAUCUUUUCUUCAUGUGGCAAAGGUACAAGAGAUUGGAGCAGGGAGCAGAAGAAAAGGCACAAACCCUGAAGGAGAUUAGAGACACAGUGAAUCACAGGAAUCAUAUAGAUGGCAGUGUGAAAUUGAUUGGUACUUUGCUGUAUGGACCUGGAAAAUCAUCCUCAGUUCUGGAAUCAGCGAGGGAACAUGCUGGUCUGCCUCUUGUUGAUGACUGGACAUGCUUAAAAUCAAUGGUUCGAGUGUUUGAAAGUCACUGUGGAUCCUUGACUCAAUACGGCAUGAAACACAUGAGGGCAUUCGCGAAUAUUUGCAACAGCGGUGUCUCUCAAGCAUCCGUGGAGGAGGCUUGUGUAGCAGCUUGUGGAGGAUAUGAGCCUCGCGAUUUACAUCCAUCAAAUAGAGGCUAUAGUGCUUGAUUCUGCAUACUGCCAACUUCUCUGUUCUUGGUGCACUAUGGAUCGGAAUGUGGAUUUCCAAAUCUAUGUGUAACUAUAAAUAGAUGUAUCAAUAAACAUAG